AUGUCGGGGACCCGGUGUGACAGAAGAAGCCGGAAGCUACAGCGCUUCGAAAACGGGCAGGCGCACGUAUUCGUCAUGAUGUCACGGAAAAUCCGGCCAAUGAGACGCCAGCGCGGGUUCUAUGCAGUCCCGCCCACCCUGACCCAUAAUGGUGUGAAUAGGACUCCUGGCCCCCGAGGGCUGCUCACCCCAGGGAGCCUGCAGGGGCUUUUCACAGGUGUUAACCAUUUGGUGACCUCCGGCAACAUGGCCCCAGCUCAGCAGAAGGGAGAUGCGGAGCGUGCGAGAAUCCGCCGCGCGUUUCAGAGCGAUACUUGCCCCGGACCACAGCUGUUGCAUGCUUCGAGAGCGCUCUCCGCACCCUUCGCUUCGGAGUCUCUGACGCUUAAGAGGAAUGUGAAGAUGGCUCCCGACAACACGAAGACUUUACAGCUGCUGUCACAAUUAUUUGUUCUGCUGAGUUUUAUGAUGCAAGUGGCGUCCCCCAUAGGAACAGUGAACCUGGUAGACUUUUGUGGCCAAACAAUUAAAGGAGACGGAAUGAUUGUAAAUUCACACGGGGAGUCCAGGAAAUACUAUUUUGUCACCAUGGGCACGGACUGCCGACUGACCAUGCAAGCUUCUGCAUCGAAGGACAAAGUUCAGUUCCAGUUCCGUUUCUUCUUGGUCUACAGCCUGCUGCGCAUGUCAAAUAGUCCCACACCUGGACCAGGGGCAAACGGUGCACAACAUGCUGACACCACCAAGGGCCCGGGAACGGUCCAUGACCCCUGCAAUGCCGGCUCCUACGUCCAGUUUUAUGAUGGCAAGGACCUGAGUUCAGAACCUUUAGGGACUCCUCUUUGCGGAAAGACAAUCCCCCGGCCGGUUCUGUCCACUGGCAAUUAUCUGACGUUACGCCUGGUCACCAGAGGCCAGCAACCCAGAGUGGAUUUUGUUGGUGAUUUCACUUCUUUCAGAAUAGGUCUGAACGUCUCUGAAUGCAGCUCAGAGCCAUACUUCCACUGUCAGAAUGGUAAAUGCAUCCCCUCCAGCUUGGUGUGCGACUCCAAGAACAUAGAUAAUUGUGGUGAUGGGAGUGAUCAGUCCGGCAGGCCCCCUGCGAACUGCAUGCCCUUAUCUGCUGACGGAAGAGCAGGGAAGAGCAGAGGUUUGAUGGGGACCGGAAUUCCCGGAGAAAUAUUAAGCACCCAAACUGCAACUUCAGCGCUGCUAGAGGCAGCAUCAUUAAACCAGAGCUGUGGGGGUGCAGGGAAGCACAAGCCGCAUGGUGCGGACAGCGGCCACCAUCACGGACCGACUGCAGACAGAAGGUCAUACACCUCACUCCUCUACCUGUACGUUAUUCUGGGGCUCGUGGUAGGAGUGGCCAUCCUGUUUUGGUGCUGCUGGUCACCAGGUUGGUUCAUCUGGAGAAGCAGUGUUUGUAGGUUCCUUCCAUGCUGCAACUCAUUCUGCGCCGCCUGCCACCUCUGCAUGCGUAGCUGUGUUUUGAAGGACAAGACCCGUCCGGGCAAGGUGACCCCCCAGGACACAACGGCUAUGGUGCCUGUCUGAUGUUACUAUCCAUGCAUCCUAUGAGUCCGGUCCUCAAUGCAUAGGCGCAAGAAGGUCCCCGAAUAGGAUUCCUCACACAUCAGCGUGACGCUGCCAAAAAGCGUGCGGAGAACGACGACAUACCUGACCUGCUCGUUGUGUGAAAUUAGAUUUGCUUUUCAGGUUGGGUAUUAAGUUCUACCUCACUGGCAAGACUCUUCAAGGAGUUGCUUACCCACCAAGUGCAAAGACUUGAAGGUGUCACUAAUCCGUUUAGACUUUUCAUGCUGUGAUGCUUCCAGCCAGCUCUCCUUUAUAUUUAUUUUGCCGUUCUGCACAAUUGCUUUGUUAAAUACUGCCAUUCAUAAAACAAUCAUGCAAAUCACGUACAUACGCUGCAAAAAAAGCUUGUUCUUUCAUUCUUUUGCAAGAUUAAAGUUUGCAAACUUAACACAACAGAGACGGCGAUCGACAUGUUCCAAGAUCAGGUUUAUUGGUUAGUUAUAAAAGCUUGAUGCACUGAGGUAAUACGAUGCUUUUGGAAGUAACAAAAAAGACAACAUUUGGUGCUCAGACGUUCUGCAAGGCCUGUGAUUUUAGUGUCAGUGUAAAACAAACCAUUAACGUGAACAAGCGUUUGCGCAUCUACGAAAAGGCAAGAAAUAGGCAAGAGUUCUUCCUUGUGAAGAAUCUAAAGUAGCACCAUCGUGGUGUGACAGCGAGAGAAGGGGCAGCAGAAUGUAAUCUGACGUACGCUGCUGGCCCGUCUCUGCUGGACGUAACACUGGAUUAUCAUACGCCGCGACGCGGAUCCUAAACAGACGCC